CAAAUGGACUAAAAAUUCUAAAAAUCUUAAGCAGGUGUGGCAUCUAAAGAACCUUUCCUUCCAUCUACAUUCUCCCUUGCCAACAAUUCAAAUUCCACCACACACAAGAACAACAAAAAUUACAAACAAUUAUUUGAAAAAAAACAACAGCUAGUUCAUAUAUUUUUCAAGAAGUAGAAUCAAGCAAAAAUAAGAAAUAUCAUCUUUUUGUUUUAUUGUAUUUUUCAUUUAUGAAAUGAAUUAUACAAAAAAUAUCAUCCAUAGCAGUCCUUUAUUCUUAAUACCAGAUGGAAGGCAAUGAGAACACCACCCAAAAGGAUUACUACAAAAUCUUGGAGGUUGAUUACGACGCAACAGAUGAGAACAUAAGAUUAAAUUACCUGAAGCUUGCGCUGAAGUGGCACCCUGACAAGCACCAAGGUGAUAGUUUUGUUACUGCAAAAUUUCAAGAGAUUAAUGAAGCUUACAAAGUGUUGAGUGAUCCAGCAAAACGCUCUGACUACGAUUUAACUGGGAUAUACGAGAUAGAUAAGUACACUGUGCGAGAAUAUCUUGCCAGAUUUAAAGGAAUGAUACUCACCUGCAACGGGCUUGGCAUUAGUCAUGCAUCAGUACUGACUCAUCAACUGACUGAUACCAGUGACUAUGCAGAUUAACAAGGUAUUUCUUAUAAUACCAACGUGUACUAAUCCUGUUCCCGAUAUUUUACCUGUUAAUGGUCGAGAAUCAGGAAAUGUAAACCGUAUGAUUCUUAAUCACGGAUAGAGAUUGCGAGAGCACUUUGUUAACAUUCCUUCUAGAUCAAGGGACGGAGAGCUGUCUGUUUGUAUUAUUGUAUUAAAUAUACCAAUUCGUUAACGUUCUUUCUAGAUUAGGGGAUGGAGAGCUGUCUGUUUGUAUUAUUUUACUAAAUAUACCAAUGUAAAUCCGUACGAGCGAUGUCGGAAUGGAAACAGCUCUCCAGAAAAAGAGGAUCUUCUCGUUUUGUAUGUGAUAUAUUUGAAUACAGCUUAGGUUGAAAUAUUUACUAGUUACUGAUCGA